CUGCGCGACACGACCGCAGGGCGCAUCUGCAUUUCCACGUGCUUGUGUUUGGUUGCGGAAUUUUGAGGAAUCUCUGGCCUUGCUCUAGCACAAUCGAUCAACAUUCCUUCAAUCAAGCUAGCAUUUUUCUUUUACCAUGGCGGGACGGGGAAGGGGUCGCGGUCGGGGUGGCGGAAUGUCAUUCAAUGUGGAACAACUGGGUUUGACGAGGCAAGAAGCAGCGCUCACACUCUGCGCGCAGCCGCCUCCAACAUUCCCGCCCCUAGACUUUUCCCCGGCACCUUUGGUGAAUUCGGAAGAGAACACAUAUCUGGCCGUCCUCCUCCACGAGCAGCGCAAGAACCUGCGCGCGUCCAGUUUCAACAUUCCUCCUUGCAAGCCGCAGCAAACUGUGGAGAGGUACUCGGACCGUUACCGUAUAAAGGCGCCUGACGUUAUCUACGAUCUUUCUUACUUCCCGACGGAACUAAAGAUUUCCAAGAAGACGAAAAAGAGCAAAAAAGCGCCCAAAGUCUCUGGAGGACCUGACGCCAUAGCAACGGGAAUCGACAUACAGAAAAAGCUACAAGCCCUUGAAGAAAAAGAGGUGGGAGGAGGUGACAGUGGUGGUGAGGGUGAGGAGGAACCUGGCGAGAAGAAGCCUAAAGAAGGGGAUGAUGAAGACGAGGAAGAGGGGGCCGAAGAGCUGGACGAAGAGGAGGAGCUGGAAGAGGAGACAGACUACAUUAAUAACUACUUUGACAAUGGCGAAGGCUAUGGCGAUGACGAAGAUGACAAUUUGGACGACGGUGCUGUCUUCUGAGACACUAGUCCUCAUUAUUUAUUGAAAAUGCAAUAUGUUGGCCUGUGGUACGGGUACCAAUUGCAAGCACAGUAAAAGUGCUUUUGUUUUGUUA